AUGGCUGCGGCUUCCAGGUGGACCCCGGUGGCCGGCGUCCUCCUCCUGCUCCUGCUCCUCCUCUCGCUCGCCGCCAACCCGUCCCGCGCCGCCACGCCGGCGAGGUCGUCCAUCGCCGUGUUCCAGCUCCAGGGCGACGUCUACCCCACCGGCCAUUACUAUGUCACGAUGAACAUUGGGAACCCGGCGAAGCCAUACUUCCUGGACGUGGACACUGGCAGUGAUCUCACCUGGCUGCAGUGCGACGCACCCUGUCGGAGCUGCAACAAGGUGCCACAUCCCUUAUAUCGACCAACGGCAAACAGCCUUGUACCAUGUGCAAACGCACUCUGCACUGCACUUCACAGUGGACAGGGCUCCAAUAACAAAUGCCCUUCACCGAAGCAAUGCGACUAUCAGAUAAAGUACACUGACAGUGCAUCUUCUCAAGGUGUACUGAUCAACGACAACUUCUCACUGCCCAUGAGAUCCUCCAACAUUCGUCCUGGCCUCACAUUUGGAUGUGGAUAUGACCAGCAAGUGGGGAAAAAUGGAGCUGUGCAGGCAGCGACUGACGGCAUGCUUGGGCUUGGGAGGGGAUCAGUUAGCCUCGUUUCACAGCUCAAGCAGCAAGGGAUCACCAAGAAUGUCCUUGGCCAUUGCCUCAGCACCAAUGGAGGGGGCUUCCUCUUCUUUGGGGAUGAUAUUGUGCCUACGUCACGUGUAACUUGGGUACCAAUGGCGAAUACAUCUGGGAACUACUACUCACCUGGCUCAGGAACACUGUACUUCGAUAGACGUUCACUAGGCGUGAAGCCAAUGGAGGUGGUAUUUGACAGUGGUAGCACCUAUACCUAUUUUACUGCUCAGCCAUACCAAGCUGUUGUUUCUGCGCUCAAAGGUGGUCUCAGCAAAUCACUUAAACAGGUGUCAGAUCCCAGUCUGCCUCUGUGCUGGAAAGGCCAGAAAGCAUUCAAAUCUGUGUUUGACGUCAAGAAGGAAUUCAAGUCACUGUUUCUGAGCUUUGCCAGUGCCAAGAAUGCCGUCAUGGAGAUCCCUCCUGAAAACUACCUCAUUGUCACUAAAAAUGAAAAUGUGUGCCUGGGCAUCCUUGAUGGAGCGGCUGCCAAGCUGAGUUUCAACGUAAUUGGAGACAUCACGAUGCAGGAUCAGAUGGUGAUAUAUGACAAUGAGAAAUCACAGUUGGGAUGGGCGCGUGGGGCAUGCACUAGGAGCGCCAAGUCUAUUCUGUCUUCCUUUCCCUGA